UGAUGUGAUGGGUUGAUGGGAUUUGUGAAUCCUUUAAAAAAUAUUAUAGUUAUAGGCGUAUGAUUUGUGCCACAUAAAUGGUAUGUUAUUGAUUCAUAUUGACAAAGGAUUACUGUGUCAGUAUGGAUAAACUAACAGUGAUAUCUGGGACUCUGUUCAUGGCAGCUGAUGUGUUUGCAAUAGUUAGCCUUGCCAUGCCCGACUGGAUAAUUACCGAUGUUGGAGGUGAUACUCGACUAGGGCUCAUGUGGUCCUGUAUUACACUAUAUAACAGACCACAGGUAUGCUUCACUCCAGACCUACAACCUGAAUGGCUACUAGCCCUUAUUUGCAUCUUUAUUGGAUGUAUAUGCAUCACAACAACAGUGAUACUCUUGGCAUCAAGUCACUUUGAUCGUAAUGUUAUCCCUUAUGCAAGAUGGGUGGGCUUUGCUGCAAUGGUAGUUUUCUGCUUGGCUGCAGUCAUUUUCCCGAUGGGAUUCCAUGUUGAUGAGAUCGGAGGCCAGCCAUAUCAACUGCCAAACAGCCAUCAAGUGGGAAUAUCUUACAUUUUAUUUGUUCUCUCACUGUGGAUAACAGUAAUAUCGGAGCUCUUUGCUGGCAAAGUGUGUCUGCCCCACUUUUAAGCAGAUUUCAGGGUUAUUAAUGAUAACUACCUUCCAAUAAGUAUUAUGUUAAGGGUCUAUACAUAUUUUGCUCAUUUAUGCGGCAUUUACACUACUAUGUCGCUAACGUGGCUGCCACACUUGCCACCUACAAACUAGUCUACUCAACAAGUUUAAAAUGUUGAAAAAUAGAGAUACUACUCCUAAAAAUAUGAGUGAUACCUCAUUGGAUUUGGAAUGAUGUAUAGAAAAAUGUAUUCGAACCGUUUAUUAGCACACAAAAAAAUUCAAAAGUUAUAGACAAAAAAGGCAGCAAAAAGAAGAUACAUAUUUUUUUUUUCGCCAAUGCCUCAAAAAGUAUUAAGUAUUAAUAUUUAAGAAAUCUAAAUGGAAUAUUAUUAAAGAGUAGGUAAUUUCC